CACGUUCACAUGGGACUCAAUACAGCCACAGCAAUACAUCGGCGACACUUCAGUUUACACUUUUGCAUGGAAAUCAGACGUAUGUCUAUUCGAUUAAGCAAUGUCAAUUUAAGAAACAAAAAAUGUUCCAGGACCUGAAGUCCCCUGUCAAAGGCAGCGUCAGAGUUUAAAGCAAGGAAGGAAAAGAGAGAGGGAAGAGGUGGCCGAGUGGAGAAUCUGGACAUGCAUGGCAGGACCUCGCAGUUGUUCUUGAUUAAUGCAUUAACAUGUGGCCUGGAGGUUUGUUUGGCUGCUGGGACCAUCUACAUCCCACCUCUGCUGCUGGAGGCUGGGGUGGAGGAACGCUUCAUGACCAUGGUACUCGCUGUAGGACCAGUGUUGGGGCUGAUCAUCGUCCCUCUCAUUGGUUCGGCGAGUGACAGCUUGAAAAGUAAAUAUGGUCGCCGGCGGCCCUUCAUAUGGGCGUUAUCCAUGGGCGUCCUCCUCGGGCUGUUGAUCAUCCCUCAAGCAUCCACCAUCCUAACAAUCCUCACACAGAGACAGGGCCACUGGCUGGAGGUCCCACUGCUGGUGCUUGCCAUCUGCUUGGUGGAGUUCUGUGGUCAGGCCUGCUUCACCCUUUUGGAGGCCUUGGUUUCUGACCUUUUUCCUGGAGAAGAAGAGAGCCGCAGGGCUUUUUCCAUCUACUCUCUAAUGCUAAGUUUGGGUGGAUGCAUUGGAUACCUGCUCCCCGCUGUUGACUGGACCACUUCAGACACUGCGGUCUACCUGGGUGGACAGGAGGCUUUCAUCUACACUGUUUUGACUUUCAUUUUUUUGGCCUGUUUGAUAGGUACAAGGUUCAUCUCUGAGGAGCAGACGGGGAGAGAAAGACUUGGGGAGAUUGAUGUGUUCAGAAAACCAACUUUCUGCUGCCCUUGUUUGGCAUUUGGAUUUCUGCCUCUACGAAGGACGUUGUCUAGUCUCCUGUCUGUAGUUCCCAGACUGUAUAGGCUGUGUAGUCGGAUGCCGAAAGUCAUGGCAAGGUUGUUUGUGGCAGAGUUGUGCAGCUGGAUGGCUCUCAUGUCUUUUCUCCUCUUCUACACUGACUUUGUCGGGGAGGGAUUGUAUAACGGUGUACCCAGUGAAGAGCCAGGAUCCUUGGGAAGGAUGCGCUAUGAUGAAGGUGUGCGAAUGGCCAGUCUGGGUCUUUUCCUGCAGUGUGUGACGUCUGUGAUCUUCUCUUUGCUUAUGGAGCGGAUGGUGAUAUGUGUAGGUGUUAGGAAGCUGUAUUUGAGCAGUGUGGUGGUGCUGGCUGUGAGUACAGCAAUAAUGACUGUAUCCCACAACAUUACACUAGUCACCAUCAUGGCUGCGGCUACAGGAUACACCUUCUGCACCCUGCAGAUUCUGCCAUACACACUCACAUGCCUCUACCACUCCAAUUCCCAGGUGUUUUUCUCCACCGACAGACGCAAGUUUCCAUUCAAGGAGGAUGAUCUAAACUUGAUCAAAUCAGAGACACACUCCACAGCAAAGCAGAAAAGAACCAAUGGAUGUGUCAGUGGGUAUCCAGCUGCCAUAUCCUUCCAGAACAAUAUUAAAACAUCAGAUCUUCAAGUGUCUAUCCCCAUGGAUCCGCCACCAUCAUCGCUCAGAGGAAUGGGCACAGACAUCGCCAUAUUAGACAGUGCCUACCUGCUGUCCCACGUGCUGCCGUCACUCCUAAUGGGCUCCAUCGUGCAGCUUUUCCAUAGCGUGACCGCGUACAUGGCCUGCGCGUCUGUGCUGAGUGUCGUGGCCGUGUAUUUCUCCAGUAAGAUCGUCUUUGAGAAGGCGGAUAUUGAUGCGAGGUGACUGAGAUGUUAGAUGGUGAGAAAAGGACUCAGGAUAGAGAUAAAAAUAAUACAGAAAUGGCAGCUGGUUCUGUUUGUCGUUUUUGGAAAGAGCAAAGGCAAACGUGCAAUUAAAUGUCAAUGCAUUACAAUUAGCUUAAUAAAUCUAUAUCAAUACACAGUUAAAGUCACAAUUACUAGCCCUCCUGUUAAUUUAUUUUAUUGAAAUAUUUCCCAAAUGUUUCCAAAUACUAGGUUGCGGCUGGACAGGCAUCUGCUGCAUAACAUGGAUAAGUUGGCGGUUCAUUCAGCUGUGGCGACCCCUGAUCAAUAAGGGACUAAGCCGAAGGAAAAUGAAAGAAUGUAUUUCCCAAAUGAUGUUUAAGAGAGCAAAGGAUUUUUCACAGUAUUUCCUAUAAUAUUUUUUCUUCUGAGGAAAGUCUGAUUAGUUUCAUUUCGACUAGAAUAAAUACUUUAAAAAUAUAUAUUUUUUAUGUUAUUAGCCCUCUUACGCAAUUGUUUUUGAUUGUCUACAGAACAAACCACUGUUAUACAAUGACUUGCCUAAUUAUCCUAACUUAAUUAACCUUAUUAACCUAGUAAAGCCUUUAAAUGUCACAUUAAGUGGAGUAUCCUGAAAAAUAUCUAGUGAAUUAUAUACCACACUGAAGCCUAUUGUUAUGAAGCGGACAGGAGAC